AUGCAACUUCAGCUCUGCACUGUCUUCUUCACUUUUUCUCUUGGCACUAGAACACAUUAUUUUGGUCGAACAAUUCUUCAUGGUGGUGCAAGGUAUCAAGCAACUGGUAGAGGGUUUGUCGUCCGCCAUAUUAAAUUUUCUGAAAAUUACAGGCUUUACUCUCGCAGUCAUUUUGUUAAAGGAUUGGAAGUUGUGCUUUUGGUGGUCAUAUACCUUGCAUAUGGAUUUAAUGAGGGCGGUGCACUUUCCUACAUUCUUCUUACAGUCAGCAGUUGGUUUAUGGCUCUUUCUUGGCUUUUUGCUCCCUAUUUGUUCAAUCCUUCUGGAUUUGAAUGGCAAAAGACAGUGGAAGACUUCAGAGAUUGGACAAAUUGGCUUCUUUAUAGAGGUGGAAUUGGAGUUAAAGGAGAAGAAAGCUGGGAAGCUUGGUGGGAUGAAGAACUGUCUCAUAUUCGGACGUUGAGUGGGAGGAUAGUGGAGACUAUCUUAAGCCUAAGGUUCUUUAUCUUCCAGUAUGGAGUUGUCUACAAGCUGGAUAUACAAGGAAACAAUACGUCACUGAUGGUGUAUGGAGUGUCAUGGAUUGUGCUUCUUGGACUUAUAGUUCUUUUCAAGGUAUUCACCUUCAGCCAGAAGAUGUCUGUUAAUUUUCAGCUUGUCUUGCGGUUCGUCCAAGGCAUCUUGUUCUUGUUGGCCCUGGCUGGUAUAGCCAUUGCAGUUGUAUUUACAGACUUGUCAGUUACAGACAUAUUUGCAUUCAUCUUAGCAUUUGUACCUACUGGAUGGGGAAUUCUUUCU